AUGGCGACGACUCCUCCACCUCCGCCAGAGUCAACCUGGUCGGAGCAACAGACGCCAGUCCAGAGCUCAUUCACGCCUCGAGAGAAACCACUCUCCAUCAAUGUGGAAGAUCCCGAAUCGGCAACAGGUCGUCAUGUCGAGGGGAAACCAUGGAUGUACAAGCCACUGUUCAAAGUCGGCAACUACCAAGCACCCUGGUUCGCCUCGCCAGAGGUCCAACUCUAUCUCGUCUCGUUUGUCUGCUUUCUCUGUCCGGGCAUGUACAACGCCGUCACGGGUCUCGGGGGCGGUGGCCAGGUGAACCCGACCGAUGUGAAUAACGCCAAUACCGCCUUGUAUAGCACCUUUGCCGUCGUCGGAUUCUUUGCCGGCUCCAUUGCCAACCGGGUGGGUCUGCGGAUCACACUGUCCUUGGGCGGAUUUGGAUACUUCCUCUACACGGCCGCUCUGCUCUCCUACAACAUCAACCAGAAUGCCGGAUUCUUGAUCUUUUCGGGCGCCUUGCUGGGUGUCUGCGCCGGUCUCUUAUGGUGCGCCCAGGGGGCCGUGAUGAUGAGUUACCCUCACGAGCAUGAAAAGGGCAAGUACAUUGCAAUCUUCUGGGUCAUCUUCAAUCUCGGUGGUGUCAUUGGCAGCUUGGUCCCUCUGGGUCAAAAUAUGCACAACACGGCCGGGAGCGUCAACAACGGCACGUACAUCGCUUUCCUGGUCUUGAUGGCAAUUGGAUUCGUGAUGUGCUGGCUGCUGGUGGAUUCCAAAUACGUCAAGCGUAACGACGGCUCUCGUGUGAUCGUCAUCAAGAAUCCAACUUGGAAGUCCGAAUUCCUCGGUCUGUGGGAGACCCUCCGGAGCGACUCGUACAUCGUUUUGAUGUUUCCCAUGUUCUUGGCCAGUAACUGGUUCUACGGAUAUCACUUCAACGCGGUGAACCUCGCCUAUUUCACAGUGCGCACCCGCGCGUUGAACAGCCUGCUGUACUGGCUGAUGCAGAUGGUGGGCGCGUUCGUGUUUGGUCAACUGUUGGACAUGAAGUGUUUUUCGCGGCCCACUCGCGCCAAGAUCAACUUUGCGCUUCUCAUGGCUAUCACUCUGGGUGUCUGGGGUGGCGGUUACGCAUUCCAGAAACGGUAUACUCGAGAAACCGUCAAGGCCGACACGGACUUUACCGACAGCAGCUACAUCGGCCCGAUGUUUCUGUACAUGUUCUACGGCUUCUACGAUGCUGCUUUUCAAACAUGCACUUACUGGUACAUGGGAUCUCUAUCCAACAAUGCCCGCAAACUGGCCAACUUUGCCGGAUUCUACAAAGGCAUUCAAUCGGCCGGUGCGGCCGGCAUGUGGCGCAUGGAUGCCCAAAAAACCCCAUACAUGACCGAGUUCGCUUCCUGCUGGGGCCUCCUUCUGGGCAGCAUGUGCAUCGCCUCUCCGGUCAUUUUCCGGAAGAUCAAGGAGCAUACCGACGUGGCCGAGGAUCUUCGUCUCUCAGAUCAGACCACCGCUGAAGUCUUGGGUGGUACUGAGUUGACGCAUGACAAACCGCAUGCCGAACAGGACAAUGGCGACAGUAGCGCUGGCAAGGUGUAA